CCCCUUCUCACACCACACCACACUGCCUAAAAGGUUAAAACCUUUCUCCCCCAUCCGCCCCAUCCCCCUCUUCCUCUCCUCUCCAUCUCACCUCCCUCUCCAGCGCUGCCACACCAUCAACUGUUCAUCCGUCCAUCCCCAUCUCUCCAUCUUUCUCUCUCUGCAGGUUCUCCAGGAUGGCUUGACCACCUGAGCAUGGCGCUCUUGGGCUGGUGCUGCUUUGGUGGGCACGUGAUUGGAUCACUCCUCGCCACCAGCUAGGAUCACACUCUUACCAAGAUUCCACCACCCGCAUGCACACGCGCUGCACCGGAGAUCAGUCCCGGAUCAGAAGCAGCAGCAGAUUCAGGACAAGGAGGUAGACGGUGAGGGAGAUCGUGAAGAAGAGCUAGCAUGGAUCACCACCAUCACCACCACCACCACCAUCAUCACAUGAUCCCGGGCCAAGAACCGUCGGCAGCUGACGGCGCCACCCAUCAAGACAACUUCUUCCUCGGCCCUGCCGGUGUCGGCAUCUUCGGUGGCGCCAUCGGCGCGUCCGGGGCCGGCUCGUCCUCGUCGGCCGCCGCAGCGGGGGGAGCCUCCGGGACCUCGGCGGGCGGCGUCGGCGGCGGAGGAGGACCAUCGCCUUCCGGGUCGUCGCCGUCUCUGAGCCGGUACGAGUCGCAGAAGCGGCGGGACUGGAACACGUUCGGGCAGUACCUGCGGAACCACCGGCCGCCGCUGUCGCUGUCGCGGUGCAGCGGCGCUCACGUGCUGGAGUUCCUCAAGUACAUGGACCAGUUCGGCAAGACCAAGGUGCACACGCCGGUGUGCCCCUUCUACGGCCACCCCAACCCGCCGGCGCCGUGCCCGUGCCCGCUGCGCCAGGCCUGGGGCUCCCUCGACGCGCUCAUCGGCCGCCUCCGCGCCGCCUACGAGGAGAACGGCGGCACGCCCGAGAUGAACCCCUUCGGCGCGCGCGCCGUCCGCCUCUACCUGCGUGAGGUGCGCGAGACGCAGGCGCGGGCAAGGGGGAUCAGCUACGAGAAGAAGAAGCGCAAGAAGCCGUCGUCCUCGUCGUCGGCCGCGGCAGGGGGACCGUCUUCCGAGGGGAGCCCACCUCCCGGCCCGUCCGGCAGCGGCGGAGGCGACACGUCGGCGUCGCCACACUUCAUCAUGCCGUGAGUUUUCCAUAGCUAGCCGGCGAUCCUUCUGAGCUAGCUAGCCGCCGCGCAAGUUCUCUAGCUCCUUCUUGGAAUGCCCUUGCUGGUUCAGGAACUACACCAAGGCCGCCAUUGUUCUUUAAUUGACUUUCGCUAUUGGCUUCUUGCAUUUUGCAAAAGAUUUCAGCUCCUUCUUAAAUUUCCAUUUGUUUCACUUCAAGUAAGGUCAUUCGUGACGAGUACUAAUUUAUUGCUGUUAAUUUUCUCUAGCUAUGGAUCAAUUGGUAGCUGUUUGUCUUUGUUUGGAAUUAAUUUGCUAGCUCGUCGGGAGAAUCUCUAGCUAGUAGUAGUGACCUCGUUUUUUGCCUUAGAGAAAUUUGCAAGAACAAUAGUAAAGCUUAGCAUUGAGCUUUCCAGAAUUUGCUCUUGUAUGGGCUUUGCGAACUAAGCCACAAGUGUACUUGUUGUAAUAGCAACAAUGCUUCCAUUCAUAUGUACUUCUGCUGGUGGUUGCCCUUGUUAGGAGAGCAAAUAAAGCACAGUGAAGUGAUUUUGUCA